UAAUUAUAAUAUUCUAGAUACUAGAUCGGUUAAUUUCUAGACAAGUAAAUUAAAAUUCUCUUACUUUUGAGCUUCUUUAGACUUUGACCUUUAAUAUGAUUAAUAUGAAGUUAAGAUCUAUCUUAUUUCACCACGAAGAACCUAAGCCAACACCACGACAUAAUUAGUUAUGAAAUGAUGAAAAUUCUUUGACCUUGAAUAUGAAGUUAAGAUCUAGAUCUAUCUUAGUUUCACCACGAAAAACCUUUAAGCCAACACCACGACAUAAUAAUAAAAUGAUUUACUUGAAGGAAGCUACAAGGCAGCUGAGCAGCAUGCUUAAACUAUUUUUGCCCAAAGAAACCACUGUAUCAAGAAGAGAACUCUACUGAAAUGGCAUUGAGAUUUCUUUCUUUCAGAAUGUAUCAAAUUUGCAAUGCAAGGAUUGUUUCUCCUAUUUGUCUUCUUCAAUCACAUCAUUCAUUUACUACACAGGUUGAAACAUUGACUAAAAAAGAAAACAUUGAUGCAAAAGACAAUGGCUUAUAUAAAAUAUUAGCUAAUGACAUGAGUGUAUACAAUGAUUUUUUAACAGAAGAAGAAGAAAACUCUUUACUUCAAGAAGCUGAGCUUGCAUUGAAAAGAUUAAGAUAUGAGACAAGUCAUUGGGACAAUGCUAUACAUGGAUAUCGAGAAACUGAAAAGAUGUCUUGGAAUGAACAAAACUCCAAAAUAAUUCAGAGAGUGCGGCAUCUAGCAUUUUCUAAAAGAUCUUCACCUCUUACUUUUGUUCAUAUUUUGGACCUUGCUAAAGAUGGUUUCAUUAAACCUCAUGUAGAUGCUGUCCGGUUCUGUGGAGAUACUAUUGCUGGAAUGUGUCUCUUAUCAUCAUGUGUAAUGAGAUUGGCUUUGGAGAAGGAUUCCACAAAAUAUGGAGAUAUUUAUCUUCCAAGGCGGUGUCUUUACAUAAUGAAGGGUAGAGCCAGAUAUGAAUUUACCCAUGAAGUAUUAAAGUCGGAAGAGUCCAAAUUUAAGCAGCAAAUAGUACCAAGAGACAGAAGAAUUUCUGUUAUCUGCAGGAAUGAGCCAGAUCCAGAGAAGAUAGAAUGAAUUAUCUGUAUUACAUUAAUAUAGUCUCUCAUAGCAUUAUAUUAGAAUAUGUUUUUGUAUUUGUAAAUUAUGGUUUAGUAUUAUAUGUAAAAGAGUUACAUUUUAAAUUUAGUGUUCCAGAGUGUCUAUAAAUUUAAUGAUUUUCACUUAUAGUGUAAUUUUAAAUUGGCAAUAUUCUUUUGUGAUGAAGCUUACUUUUUGUAUAUACUGUAAUAAUAACAAUUUCUUUAUUAUCCUGAAGGAAAUUUACUUUUCAGUAGUGCAUUAUAUAUAAUAUAAUUUAAUAUAAUAUAAUAAUGCAAACAUAAUGUACAUUCAUACAACAGUCUUAAGCAAACAUUACAUCAGAAAGUUCACUAAUUUAAUUGCCUAGAGAACAAAUUACUUUUUGUGCCUGUGUACCGGUACCGGUACUAAUAUUUUUGAGGUACAAAUUUCUUUAUUAAUUUUGAAUUAUUUCGUCAUUUUAGUGAUUCCUUAAUAGUAUUAUAAUAACUUUAGCACAUAACUUUAAAAGCUAAAUUUAAAUUUAUUAAGUUGAUAACAAUGAAUAUUUUAAUGGAAGAGAAGGUAGCUUUAAAGGGAUAUUUUAAUAUUUUAAAAAAGUGUAAAUAUUGAUCCAAAUUGACAGUUAUAAAUUUGGGCAAAUUUUCUUAGUUCUGUAAAAUGUUCACAUGGUAAUAAUAAUCAAAAAUUAAGCAUUUCAAUUGCAUUUCGGAGUGAAAGCAGUUCAUAAAAUUACAAUUUCAUUACUGAAUUUGUUUCAGAUCAAUAAGUUCAAUUUGUACAUUACUAGGCAUCUAUAGAAUAGUUCAUUUUUUAAAUUAAAAUGAAUUUGUGAAUGCAAGCUUGCAGUCUACUUCUUCAGCAAAACAACUAUCAAAGGUAUCCCUCUUGUAAAAAUUCAAUUUUCCAAUGUUUUUCUUAUAAUUUGCUUGAUCUUCAACACAUUCACUUUAUUCUUUUUUUUUAUGUGGAAAUAGACUCAAAUCCUUGUUUUUUGAGAGAUAAACUGUUAAACUUCAUUUUGAAUCCAGUGAUAUCAUGUAAUUACUUAUGAAAAAAUUUGUCCUUGCCUUGCAGUUAGGCCAUUGCAAUGACUAGUAACAUGAACUAAAAUGCUAAAUCAAGCAUCCAUUUUCAUCACAUAAAAGUGCUCUUUCCUGCUAUGAAGGAUGAGAUCACUAUAUUCCAUUUCUAACAGUUCACAAUAUUCUCUGCAUUGUCUUUCAUUUAAUCCUGUUGCUCUAAUUUUAUUCACACAUCUUACAAUUAUGAACUUGUGGCAUUAUAUGUAGCAAAUUAAUGUUUUUUUCCACACAGAUCCUCUUAGUGUUUAAUGCAAUGAUAUUUCAGUAGAGGAUAACGUAAAAAUGUUGCUUGCAAGGCUACGGUUCCGUAGAUAGUGUGGUACCCCAUCAGUGCUAGAGUUCACUAAAAUCUCUUCCAGUCAUAGAUAGUGGUACCCCAUCUGUACAGACAGCUAGAGUUCACUAAAAAUCUCUUCCAGUCAUAGAUAGUGGUACCCCAUCAGUACAGACAGCUAGAGUUCACUAAAAUCUCUUCCAGUCAUAGAUAGUGGUACCCCAUCAGUACAGACAGCUAGAGUUCACUAAAAUCUCUUCCAGGCAUAGAUAAAGUGGUACCCCAUCAGUACAGACAGCUAGAGCUCACUAAAAUCUCUUCCAGUCAUAGAUAGUGUGGUACCCCAUCAGUACAGACAGCUAGAGUUCACUAAAAUCUCUUCCAGGCAUAGAUAAAGUGGUACCCCAUCAGUACAGACAGCUAGAGUUCACUAAAAUCUCUUCCAGUCAUAGAUAGUGUGGUACCCCAUCAGUACAGACAGCUAGAGUUCACUAAAAUUUAAUGGCUGAUUUUCUAGACAUGACUUUAUUUUCUCAAAUAUGCCUGACCCUCUGUUUUUUGGUUUGACUCAAUAAGUUCUUCAAUUGAUGUUUUAAAAAAUCAUAAAUAUCUGCAGUUUUCAUUAAGACUAAUGAAAAGAAAGCUUGCAUGGACACGGUUCUUCAGUUGCAUUGAUACAUCAUGAGAAAGUUCCUCGAUGUGCCUAGUAAUGGUCUGCAUUGUGAGGAUUUUAUUUGUCUUUCUUUCAAUACUUUUAUCACCAACACAUUUUGCAAAUAUUUGAAAUAGCUUAGGGCCUAACAAUUUCUUUCAUUGGAUGUUUCAAGCAGGGUCAAAUUUUCAUAGCUUCUGAAUAAAAGAGAUUUUGCCUCUUUUUUUUAUACCGGUAUCCAUUUUUUCUUAACACAGAACUAUCUUAUCUUAUAAAUUACAGACGUUUAAACUCAUUGCCUUAUUUCCUGAUUCAGUAACCUGUUCCAUGCUUUAAUGGCACUAUAGAAGAAGGGGCACUUGUGCGAAUUAAUCCAGCAUAUGAAAUAAGAAAGUGCCUUCACCUUUGUGUCUUUCUGUGUAUUUUUUUUUAUUAGGUUGUGUUUUAGUAUUUUAAAGUUAUGGUUCAGUG